AUGGGUACUGGUCACAUUCGCUCAGAAUUUCUGUCCGAUCCUUCGCAGUUCAUUGAUUUCGAUCAGUUGAGUGAAAUUGAGGAUAUAAGCAGUAAAGCAUCGAAACCGGAGAUCACAAAUGCUCCUCAUCCUGGCUUUUCAGAUAGCUAUGAUUUGUUGGGCCACAUUAAUUUGGACUCAUCACUUGAUGCUCAAAGUGAAACUUCUUCGGCACUUAAUGUCAACACCGAUGACAUUAUUACAUGUAUGUACUUACCUGGUUCACAACAAAAUGCGGUUCCGAUCUAUUUUCACCAACUUACUCUUUCCUCAGACGACACAUCCGGUCAACAUGGAAAUGCUGAACAGAACAACAUGGACAAUAAGCACUUCUCGGAUAACUUGAAUGUCUACGACUACAAGGGAAAUACCAGUGAAGGAUCAGUGAAGAUGCAUAACGAUUUUUCGUUCUAUCUUUUAUAG